AUGGACGGCUCGCACUACUCGUCUAAUGUGAUUAACGGCACAUCGACUCCGUCCUAUCCAUCAUCGGCCGCUUCUACGCCCCAGAACAAUCUUCAACCCCAUACCCUCCCGCCACUGCAGCACCAGCAGCACCAGCACAACUCGCAGCAUCCGCAGCACCACCAACAGCAGCAGGGCAACGGUAUUAUGCAAAACGGUACCCCGUACGGCAGCUACCCGCACACGCCGCGCACCCCGGCUACUCCCAACACCCCGGGCCCUACCAUGAACAACUACCCUCCUCCUCCGAACACCAACGGUGGCCGUGGCUCGUACCAGAUGAUGCCGGGUAACUACCAGCCUACCCACCAGUAUGCCCCAACGUCGUCUGCCAUGCUGCCGCAGACCACCACCGCCAUGGCUCACCCGCAGCCGAUCGCACCUGCCCCUGCGCCAGGCAACCGAGGCCCUCCGAUUCUGCGCCCCAUGCCCGCUAACGGUGUCAUGCCGCAGCAGGGCAUGCAGUCGCCCUACACUCAGAGCCCUCUGAUGCCUCAGAACAUGCUUCCGGAUAACGAGCCGCCUACUCAUGUAGUUGGCUCUCAAGGCCGCCGCGGCAUCCUCCCCAGCGCCCCCGGCAGACCUGCUCCUCCCGCAGCCGGAUCGGUUACCAAGAACCAGAUCCCGCAGAAGGAUGCGGACGGCAAGUUCCCGUGUCCUCACUGCACGAAGACGUACCUGCACGCCAAGCACCUAAAGCGCCACCUCCUGCGUCACACCGGCGAUCGCCCGUACAUGUGCGUUCUGUGCAGAGACACCUUCUCGCGCAGUGACAUCCUGAAGCGCCACUUCCAAAAGUGCUCGAUUCGCCGCGGAAACCCGACCGGUGUCAGCCACCUGUCGCACCCCCACGCGCACGUCAAGAAAAGUCAGCAGCAGCAGCAGAAGCAUCUGGCUGAGUCGGGUGACAUGAACCACAUUAACGGCAUGGGCAAUGUUCAGGGCGACGGCAUGGUCCACCCUUUCGGCCUGAUCCCUGCGCCAGCCGAUGGCUUGCAGAACAACAUGCCCAACGACCAGUCUGCGCAAAUUUCGCGGUCCAACAGCAUGUCCCGUAUUGACCCGGCCACUACUGACCCGAACCAGCGCACCGCUGCCCCUACUGCCCAGCGUGGUGUCACUAACGGUGCUCCUACCCCGGCUAAUGGCCAGAAUGGCCAGGGCUACGACCAGUCCGCUGCCUACAACGGCGCUGGCAUGAACCCCCAGCUAGCCAAUUAUAACAUGAAUGCCAGCCAGAACGGCAUGCCCAUGUUCGCCGGACAAAACCCUAACCCCCAGUCGGGACUUGAUUGGUCCUCGAUGUUCCAGGCCGGUGCGUAUACCCCCAAUACGCAGAACGCAACCAGCCUAGAAACUAAGUCGCUUCGAACUGGCGACGCCGACCUUCAAGCGGAAGGAGGUCACGAUGACUAUGUACCCAGCGACCAGCCGUUCUUCUACGACCUCUGGGGUCCGCCUCAACAAGCGCAGGACCUGUUCUUGCUGCUCUCCGCGCAAAUACUCACCUUCCUCGAGCACCCAAUUUUUACAGAGAAUCCUUUGAUCUCUAUGACUUUUAGGGUGCUCUUCUCUCCCGAAAACGUCAAAUAUUUUUUUCUCGACAUUUUAUCAGAAGCCUACACCGGUCUACUUUCUGCUAUGGCAUGCAUUGGCUCAUGCUACGCCGACACUUUCGCCGCAAACCAGGUGCGCGCAAUGAACGACGUGGUCUGUGAUUCCUUGCUGCGUCAAUCACAUAUACUUGCUGCCAUCCACGAUUCUGCUGCUGCCGGCGAUUCCUUGCUCGACGUAAAGUACGAAGAGCAUCCUUUCACAGGAAACGUCCGCGAUUUCCAAGAGUUGCAGGCGCUGAUGCUGAUGCUGAUGCUGAUGCUGCUGUGUUGGAAUGACACUCCAGAACAGCGUGAACGAGGCCGGAAGAUUCUAAAUCUGCUUACCGUACCCACACGCAAAUCAAAUCCAAUGCGAGUCUCCACGAAGACGUCCUUGCCCGCGCUACCUGGGCGAGACGUCGUUGGUCGGUGCCGACGACACUGCCUACGUUCUCUCCGUGGGAAACCCCCUCUCGCCGCGGACAGCUGCAAAGGUCUCGGCUGGUCUCGAUACGGUCAAACAAUAUUGGGACGUGGACAUGGCGAAUCAAAUCCAGCUGGUGGCGACAAACCCAAGGCGACAAGGUUUCUCCAGGGACGGCAUUCAUUAUUUCUGCCUCGGCAAAUUCCUCCUUUAAGACACGAGGCUAUCGCAUCUUCUUCGGUCACAGCAGAAUUCUAA